CCCUGUCCAAAGGCAGCUUUAAGCAGCUAAAGUUAUUGGGGAGGUUCUGUUCACAACAUUUCAUCCAGACAGUGUCAAGCUGUGGAGAAAUAGACUUCAGGGAAAGGAGAAGUGAUUUCCUAACAGUUGGCCAGAAAAAACUAAAGGGAAAUGUUGACCACAAGAACCAGAUAACAUUUCAGACGACAUUCAAGACAUUUCAACGACAGAGACUCUAGACCUUUGCCAAACUAAGACAAUUUCAUGGAUCAAGGAAGUCAUUUGCGUCCAGGAGAUGAUGGAGAACUUUCAGUCCUCAUUGGUCAGAUGUUGCUAGGGUUCCGGGAUUCCUUCGUCAUGGUGAUGUCACGUACCCGUCAGAGAGUUAUACAGGGCUUUAUUGUGUUCUCUAUUGUCGUCCUGCUCCUCUGGAUCGCUGCCUUUUUAUACGGCAGCUUCUACUACUCUUACAUGCCCAAGGCGGCUUUUUCCUCGCCUGUGCACUAUUACUACAGGGCAGACUGUGAAUCUCCUGCCUCUUUUUUGUGCUCUUAUCCAGUGGCCAACGUCUCUCUGAUGAGAAAUAAGAAACAUGUGCUGACAUUUGGCCAGGCCUAUCGGAUGUCUCUGCAGCUGGAGAUGCCUGAUUCUCCCACCAACCAGGAGCUGGGGAUGUUCAUGAUCAAGACAACUUGUUUCUCUCGGGACGGAGGGCAAGUUGCCUCCUCUGCUCGCUCUGCAAGACCACUGCUGUCCGCCUCCAGCUCUCGCUUUAGCAUGCUGCGAUACCAUUCAGACCUGCUGAUGAACCUCAAAACGCUGCUGUUCCUCCCGGCCUUUCUGACCGGAGUCGCUGAGCAGGAACAAGUGCUGCAGGUGGAGCUCUUCUCAGACUACACCGACGACCCUUAUGCCCCCUCGGUCACAGCUGUCAUUGAGAUCAUGUCCAACAAGGUGCAGAUCUACUCAUCUCAGCUCUAUAUUCAUGCUCACUUCACUGGUAUAAGACACUUGUUGUUCAACUUCCCUCUCCUAUCAGCCCUGGUGGGAGUGUCCAGUAACUUCAUCUUCCUCAGUCUCCUCUUCGUCCUCAGCUACGUGAGGCUGCUGUUCAGAGUCGAUUUGGGAGCAGAGCAGCUCAGAACAGAUGGACUGCUGUCAAAUAGGGACAGGAACUUGAACAACAACCAGCAUGAGGAUGCUGCUGCAGGUACUGCAGAGCUGAUGGGUCCCCUCCAGAUGACCCCCACAAAUCUGAGCCAGGAGAGGACCCAUCUGUAAUUCGGCGACAACACAGAGGUGCAGAAACAGACAGAUUCACUAGUAGAUUCAAAUGAAUCAGAGGCAGCCUGAGGCCAUUAUUACAGUAAAGGAGAGGGAUAAAGUGUAGAGAGUGAUAACAAGCUGUAAGGAUGAAGAUUUAAGAGAGAUACGUGGUUGAAAAUGACUCAGAAAACACCCACACACCUCUGUUUGAGUUGUCAAUCGUUUUGCUCUUACAUUAUGUCCUCUGUGCUGCUUUACAGUAAUGUUAGGACCCUAUGAUUUAUUUUGUGCAAAGUCCCUAUUCUUAGAACUACUUGCUAGCAAUGUCUUCAAAAUUCUUCUUCUCAUACUGUUUUCAUACUAUAAUGCUGGCUUAACUGUUACUUUAAAUGCUUAAACCAGUUUGGUACAUUGAUUAAAAUGUGCAAGUGUGUCUCUUUCUACCAUACACAAAUAUCUUAAAUUGAUUGAGUUUGAAGCCAAAAUGUGUAUUACUUGGCUGCAAAGUAUAAUUCUGUUAAACUGUUGCAAUAAAACCUUUAAAAAACA